AUGGACGGUCAUAAAUCCAGAGUGUUCAGCGCGUGUUUCAGACCGAAAUCGGCACAUGAGUUAAUCAGCGGCGGUUGGGACAAUACAAUUCAAUUUUGGGACUCGAGGCAACCGUACGCGCUCAAGCGUAUAUCGGGCGUGCAUAUGUGCGGCGAUGGACUCGACAUAAGCAAGAAUGGAAAAGAGAUCUUAUCGUGCUCGUGGCAAAGGGAGAAUCCCAUCCAAUUGUGGGACUACGGUAGCGGAAAGCUGCUCGUUUCCUUGAUGCCCGACAGUUAUUCCUCCCUUCUCUAUUGCGGCAAAUACGUGUCGAGCAUGUUCAUCGCUUGCGGCGGCACGGAUAUCAAUCUCUUCAGGGUGGUCGACUUGCGAUCCCACGCCACGUUGGCGAUGAUCAGGAAUUUACGAGGUGGCACGUACAGUUUGGACGUCGGUCCGGUGAAUCCGAAGCACGCGAAGAAAAUUCGGUCCCUCAGCAUUGUGUCGCAGCUCGCGUUCUGCGCUGGCAAAAGGAUAUACGAGAUCGACGCUCAACCGGGUUGA